AUGAAAAGGAAGGAAGAUAGAGACGGCUACGCCGGAGAAGAUGAUCAUGAAAUGGGAUCGUCGCCGGCAAUGUUUUCUGGGUAUAACAGAGAGACCGAGAUGCAGGCAAUGGUAUCGGCUCUCACCCAUGUUGUCUCCGGCGGUGGAGAGCCGCCGCCGGAGGAUUUUUCUGUUGACACUUCACCUUCAAGCUCCCGCGAUGAGGAUGAUCAGACAAUUAUGAAAGAAGUAAAAGUAGUAAAUUCAACAUCAACAUCAUCAUCAGAAUCAAAGUAUGUUUAUUAUGCUUCAAUCUCCUCCCCCCAUUCCAUUUCCCAUGGAAGAAAAUACAGAGGAGUGAGACAACGGCCAUGGGGGAAAUGGGCAGCUGAAAUAAGAGAUCCCAUUAAAGCUUCAAGAGUUUGGCUUGGUACAUUCGACACGGCGGAAGCCGCCGCCAUAGCCUACGAUCAAGCCGCUUUAGGUUUCAGAGGAAACAAAGCCAAACUCAAUUUCCCCGAAAAUGUUCGCCUUGUAUCGUCGUCGUCGUCUCCGGUAGGUUCAAUGGCGCCGGUGACCGGAGAUAAUUCUCAAUCUCAGUCUGCCACGUCGUCGUCGUCGUCAAUUGAGUAUUGGGGUCCACCUCCACCGCCGGUGAACAAUCAGUCUGCCAUGUCAUUCAAACCACAGCCGCAUUUUCAAUUCGGGCGGGCGGACGGCCACGUGGAGUGUUUGUCUGAUAUGACGUGGUCAAAUUCUGGACAUCAGUCAACUCCUUGAACAGAGCAUUACCGUAGC